AUGAUCUCAGGCAUCGCACACGUAAACCUCGUCGUGCCGGCCGGCUCUCUCGGCUCGGCGCAUGCCUUCUACGGAAGUACGCUGGGCCUGGUGUCCACGCCGGUGCCGGCGCUGCAGCGGGACAGGCUCGCCUGGUUCAACAUUGCCGACUCGGGCCAGCAGGUCCACAUCGCCUUCGGCCGGGACAUCGACUUCGAGGGCGCGGCGGCCAAGAGCUCGCGGCACCCUUGCUUUCGCGUCGCCAGCCGAGAGUCGUUGCUCGAGCUGCAGCGCCGCGUCUGGAAGCACUUCGAGGAGGGUGGUGAUGGCGCGCCGCUGGAGGCCGACCGGCCCGGUGAGGAGAACUCGGGCGCCAAGGGAGCCGAGUAUCCCGACAGAUUCUUUGCGAGGGACUAUGCGGGGAACCGGUUAGAGUUCAGCCUAUAA